CAUGGAUAUAUAUAUAUUUUAUAUAAAAGCUGAUGGUAGAGUCGCCAUUUUGAAGCUGUCAAAAACGAUUCUUGCCAUUUGAUUGUGUGCGGUAUCUUCCUUCGGUUUUUGACUUUGACAUUCGAACAACUUACCAUUUAAUUCUUUAAUUAUAAGGUAAUCAUGGUGUAAAAAGUGAAUGUAAUCGUAGAAGAUGGAGAUUUUUAAAAAUUGAUCGGACGUACGACAGGUAUUGAGAGAAAGAUGGACGAAAUUGAAAGCGCUACAAAUUUUUACAAUGUCAAUUUUAUUUCUUCCUUCAUGAUCGUUCAGUAGUACCGUUCACACAUUUCUGUUCAUUUAUCUAAAUUAUUUAAGAAGGGAACAAUACAGUUAUACACAAAAUAGAGAAAAUGGCGACCGAUAUCGAGGAAUCAGAUACCGACGAUCAUGAAAGACCAGCUCCACCGAAACGUCAAUGCACAAGACUCGUUAAGGUCAAUGAAACAAUGUGGGAUAUGGAGAACAAUUUGAAUGAAAGCGAAGAAAUACAGGAUGCAGAGAAUGUUGAAUACGAUGAUGCAGAAAGGCACGCAAGAGAAAAGUUAAAAAGAUGGCAAGCUUGCCAGGUGGCCAAGGGAUACGUAGAUAAUACUAUCAAUAAAUUUUUAGAAAACUAUAUCACGAGAACGAUCUCUCUAGAAGAAUCCAGGUGUCAGUUGUUCAGAGGAAACGAUAUGGAGGAUACAGCAGUUAUGAUGGCAAUUCGUAAUCAUGGACUAGUUCAAUCGGCAGGGAUCGUUUCUCAGUCGGAUGCAUUUUACAGUGAUAAAGCCCCGGGAUAUUGGACCAACAACGAAUAUCCUGAUGUACAUUGUUCCUGUCCUUCUAAUUACAUCCAAGUUGGAAAUUCAGUAGCCACUACGUCUACGGAUUCUUUGAGAUUGGAAGAUUCAAAGGAUGUAGACGAGUACAGUGGAUGCGAUUGGGAUUUAGAUAAAAUAGAUGAGAACAAUCAACAAGAAAACUUCCUAGAAAGAGCUGUAGCGGAAGCUAUUAAGAAAAAAGGUCUUAGCACGCUCAGUGUUGAUUAUGGUUGAAGAAACUGAACCAUAUUUCAUCCUACAGUAUGUUUACGUAAUAGCAUCGGGUAUAAUUUUUUAUCUUGGCAAAUCUAUUUCGAUUUGUAUGAAAAAUUUAAUAGAUGAUAUUCAUCAGAAGGUAUACAGAUAGUUCUAAUUAAGGAAUUGUACUCCACCGAAGGAAACAUUCUGAUGAUCCAUCUGUUUCUUCAUCCAUUAUAUCUUGAUACUACUUACGCAUAGAUAUAUAAACAUUUAUGUGCUAGAUCAGAAUAUUUUCAACGAGAAUCUAGAUUUCAUUAAUACAUAACAGAAGAUAGAAAUAGUUCCAGGUUUUCAAUGGGUAUGAUUUUUACCAUAUCUAUUUGAUGAAAAACAAGUAAUUAUUAAUUAUACAUUUUCUUCUUUUUUCAUUCAAAGUAAAUUUAACAUUCUAGAAUCGUGGAUGAUUUGACGGGUAAUUCGAUAAAAUAAAUGUUUAAGGUAUAUAUAGUAAUUAUCAUUCUAUAUUUCAACAUUAUCAUAAUGUUAAUUACUAAACGUUGAAGAAUCCUUGUUCAUUCCAUACAGUAUUGUAUUGCUUCUAUCCAUUCCUAAAGGUAAAUUGCAAUUUUGUAAAUUAUAAUUUUUAAGUAUGUAAAAAUGAAUAUUUUUCGCGUCCUUUUCGUUUUGUAUACAAAAGGCCUAAUAAUAUAUAUAUAUAUAUAUAUAUUAUAUAUGUAAAUAGAUUGUUACGUAUUAAACGUAUAAAUAAAUUUUCAUUCAUGUUACACGAUGAUAUGUAUCUAUUGAAACAUGUAACGAGCUCGGUAUACAUAGAUCGUGUUUCUAGAAAUUAUAAAUAAAAAAAAGAUAUAAACAAA